AAAAUUAGAAAAUGACAGCAUUUCCCGGAGGUGGAUUAACUAUCAACAACUCCCACACACCCCACUUUUGUUCCUUUAGACUAUACACCCCAAUCAUUGUCCAUUUCUGUCCAUCAAAAGUACUUGGGUCAACAAUUAUUCGGACUGUGUGAGUUUGUCGGACAAUCAUUAACUGUAGUCAUUCAUCCGGCAAUAACUGUUGGGAGCUUGAAACACAAGCAUUUCAUUACACCCGCAAUAACAUCUGCACGUGAGCAGUAACAUUUGAUUUGAAAUGACUCGCAUUGAAAAAGCAUUGGCGGCAUCUGAAAUUCUCAGACACAAAAUCCCAGUGUUCUGACAGCCUCAUCUUUUUCAGGAUGUAUAUCUUGAUAUUUUAUAUUUAAUUUCUACCUGAGUGUCAGAGUAAAAAAAAAACACAGCAAAAUAAAAAAAAAAUAUAUUUUUUUUUAGGUGUCCACUGUCCAGACAUGGAUAAUGAUGGUUCAGUAUACACCCAGUGUACAAAACAAUAAGAACAACUGCUCUUUCAAUGACAGACUGACCAGGUGAAAGCUAUGGUCACUUGUUAAAUCCACUAGAUAAAGGGGAAGACAGGUUAAAGAAGGAUUUUUAUGUCUUGAGACAGUUGAGACAUGGAUUGUGUAUGUGUGCCAUUCAGAGGGUGAAUGGGCAAGACAAAAUAUUUAAGUGCCUUUGAAUGGGGUAUAGUAGUAGGUGUCAGGCGCCCUGGUUUGUGUCAAGUACUGCAACGCUGCAGGGUUUUUCAUGCUCAACAGUUUCCUUUGUGUAUCAAAAAUGGUCACCCAGCCAAAAAAAUGAUUCACUCCAGCAGGGAACUGAUGACAGGAUUAAUGAAUGUUGUAAGCGGAGACAGAGUGGGCGCAGUUAGACAGAAGUAAAUGUAAAAGGAAAAUGCUACAUUUAGUUGUAAGACGUGAGCGCCCCAUAGUCCGCAGCUGAACUGAAGAAGGACUUCCAUGUGAUUUGCUGAACGAAUGCAGUCCACUCAAAGAACAUGGCUAUGAACUGGAAAUCCUGUCUCACUUUUGCCGUUUCAUUUCUGGUCUUCAAGUUAUCCCACUUAACGGAGUUUGAGACCACUGUUCCCAGUGAGACGCAGCUUGCCAUCCUGGGGCAACAUAUAGUCCUAGACUGCAGCUUCCCUGUGGACAAACAAUGGGAUCGAACGCGGUGCCAGAUUGAAUGGAAGUUCGACAUGGUGGUGGUCCACAGUUUCUACUAUGGCCAGGACCACCUGAACGACCAGAGCAGUCACUAUGUCAACAGAACCAGCCUGUACCACUCUGAUAUACAGAAGGGGAACGCUUCUCUCAGGCUGGAACGUGCCACUCUGGGAGAUGAGGGAAACUAUACCUGCACUGUGCACACAGAAAUGGGCCCAAAGAGGACAUCUGUAUCCCUUAAAUUAGCAGCAUUCUACCGUGAGCCUCGCCUGAAGUUCUCAACCUCUGCCUGUGGCGUGGAGCUACUCUUGACCACAGAGGGGUACCCCCGACCCUCAGUGCAGUGGCUGACUGUCAGUGGCGAGGACGUCGGCGACGACACAGUCACACACAUCUCCCAGGACACACAGGGCCUAUACACUGUUUCGAGCACAGUAUCCCUGCAAGGAGCGGUCAAUAAGACCCUGACGUUUGUCUUAAAGAACGAGGCCCUGGGACAGGAGAUCAGGAGAAACAUCACACUUCUCUCAGGAAAUAGUGUUGAUGUGUCACCUGGGGUUUACCAAGAGAGAUGGUGGUUUGUUAUUACUGUCCUGGCUGUGAUGCUAAAAUACUUGUUGUGUAACUAAAAUGUAACCAUUUGUUGUUUUGCUUCUUGGACUAAUUUGUAAUGAUGCACAAUGCCACUAAGAAAAUUGAAUAAACUGUACAGAAUGCA